ACCACACCGGAAACGGAAACGACCUCAGUCCCAUUCGUUGUUUUAGCUUCGAUAAAAUAUCCCAGCACGUUAGAAGUCGGUACCUAAAAUCAUAAAUAUAUCAGUGAAAACCUUAAAAUGGCCCUUGAAUCGCGGAUCACACAGGAAGAGAUCAAGAAGGAACCAGAGAAGCCCAUUGACCGGGAGAAGACCUGCCCGCUUCUGCUGCGAGUAUUCACCACCAACAGUGGCAGACACCACCGACCAGACGAGUUCGCCCGUGGAAACGUUCCCUCGAGCGAGCUGCAGAUAUACACGUGGAUGGAUGCUACUCUGAAGGAACUAACCAGCCUGGUGAAGGAAGUGCAUCCAGAGGCCAGAAAAAAGGGGACCAACUUUAGCUUUGCUAUAGUCUACCCAGACCCCAGAGGGAAAAUGUACCGGUUGAAAGACAUCGGCAACACCGUGUCAGGCAGAAAGGGCCCAGAUGACUCCAUGACGUUGCAGUCUCAGCGCUUCCAAAUUGGAGACUAUCUGGAUAUAGCAAUCACACCGCCCAACAGAGCCCUGCCCCUUAACACACGCAUGAGGCCUUUCUGAACAUAUAAAACGUGACAUAAAUCGACACACAUCAAACUGUUUUUUGUUGUUCUUUUUCAUUGCCUCAUCUUGGAUGGUUUUUGCCUCAUUUUAUAGAAUGUGACAUGUAUUAAAGUUGUCGUUUUUUCCAAA